AUGGACACACCGCCGGGUGAUAUCUUCCGGUCUCGAUUAUACAGACUGAACCGUCUGCUGUUAUCGUUGCUGGGACAAUGGCCUUUUCAAAGGGGCAGAGACAGACGUGUUGUCUUUGUUACAAUUUCGCUCAUUGGUAUCACGCAAGCGAUCGCCCAGACGCUCGCCAUAGUGACAUUACGCGGAGACCUGACCGCCACGCUCGAGUGCGCGGUGCCGCUCUUGAUAGAUUGCGUGUGCGUUGUCAAGCUGAUAAAUUUAACAUUGAAUAUGAAGAAGAUCAAGAUGCUUUUUAAACACAUAGAGAGAGAUUGGCAAUCGUGGACCACCGUUAGCGAAUUCAAAAUUUUGCGACAGUUCGCCGAGAACGGCAGAAGCAUUACGAUCGGCUACGCUGGUUGCCUUUACGCAUUCGGCAGCCUCUUUCCCUUUCUGGCGAUAAUUCCGAAGUUACUCGGCAAAAAUGUAACGUCGAGCUACUCAACACGACCAGUGGGAUUCCCGUAUCACGUCGAAUAUUACGUGGAUCUCGAGAAAUAUUAUUACCCCGUGUUGAUUCACAAUUAUCUGACUACCGCCAUUCGUCUGACCGCUAUAGUCGCGUCUGAUGCCUGCGUGGCUGUUCUGGUGCAACACUGUUGCGCGUUGUUUUCGAUAGUCAGAUACCGGUUAGAACACAUACGAAACUCCAUCAAUGAGGACAAGAGACUUGCGUUUCUCGAAGAAGACGACAAGAUCUACAAGAAUUUCGUGUAUUGCAUUCGAAAGCACGAAGACGCUUUGCAAUUUGCGAAGUGCCUGGAGAGUGUGUAUAUGAAAGCGCUCUUCAUGGAGGUUGGAUUGAUUAUACUUAUUAUGAGUUUGUCAGCUCUACAGGCGACCACUGACUCCUUUACACCGCAUAACGCAUUCCGACAUGGCGGCUACAUAACGGCGCAAUUAUUGCAUUUGUUUAUCGUGUGCUGGCUAGGACAACAAAUAAUUGAUCAUAGCGACCACAUUUACACAUCGAUAAAACUUGUAACGAAAGAUAUCGGCUAGAAUAAAGUAAUAACAAGGAAAACGAGCGAACAGAAGUUGUUCUUCAACAAUAUUG